AUGUACAAAGUCGGAUACUCCGAUGGAUGGAUUCCUAAGGACGACCACACAUAUUACGAUUGGUGGGCCGAGGAUAAGGAAUUUCAUGUCGGAGAUUCUUUGGUCUUUGCAUACGAUCACAACUUCAACGACGUCAUUCAAGUCUCCGGAGCUUUGGAAUACGAAUUUUGCGACUCUUCUUCUCCUAAAGCCGUCUACAAGACAGGACACGAUAUCGUAACCCUAACGGAACCAGGUUAUCACUACUUCAUCAACCCAAAAGAUGAUGGAUGCCCAUUCGGACGACAGAAACUCAAGGUUCUUGUCGUCCAUGACCCGUCAUGUCCGAUUCCUCCACCACCACCUAGCAUUAUUGAUGCAGGAGGCGUUGAAAAAGCCAAAGAAGUCGACAGUGUCUUAGAAAUCAGCAGUGAUCUUGAAUUCAAAUCUUGGGACCGGACUUCUCCUAUAGUUGUGCACAAGAUGGAAUAUGAUCUCGUCAGGGGAGUCCACUAUUUCAUAGCUCAAAGACUAGUCUCUGGGAGUCCCGGCUUAAGCAUUGAGUUGUGGUUGCACCAGUACCCAAUGUUCCGAAGUUGUCACCUAUAG